UCCCCCUCGAGCCAUCUCGACAGCUCUGCUCAGACACGCACCCAGAGAGCGCCCUUUCUUUCUCUGCAGAGGUGUCAAAGAAACUACAUCUACCGACAGGCAGCGUGGUCCUUUCCCUUCCUCCCUCGCUCUCCCUCUCCCGAUCCCCGGCAACCGUGACGUGAGGGGACCCGGAGCUGCGGUCAGUGCGAGCGUGCCCAGCGAGCUAGCCGGAGCAGAGUCCGCGCUGUGCGAGCCCUGCCCGCCCGGCCUCCUCCGCAGCUCGCCGCAGCCGGGAGUGUGCCCGGGACGGCCGCGCGCAUGGCCUCUGCGGGCGCGCGGAGGCUCCCGGCCCCGACGCGCGCGGCCGUCCGGAGCUGCGGCGGCCGCGGCCUCUCGCUCUGCCCGGGCGCGCGCGCGGUCCCGCCCCCGCCCCCGGGCCCUCCGCGGCCAAUGAGGUUCCUGAUUUACUGUAACCUCCUCUUGCCCCGCGCUGCCCAGGUCUUGGCGGCUGAGGCUGGCCUACCUCCCAGCCGUUCCUUUAUGGGCUUUGCCGCCCCCUUCACCAACAAGCGGAAGGCUUACUCCGAGCGUAGGAUCAUGGGGUACUCGAUGCAGGAGAUGUAUGAGGUGGUGUCCAACGUUCAGGAGUACCGUGAGUUUGUGCCGUGGUGUAAAAAGUCACUGGUUGUAUCCAGCCGCAAGGGUCACCUGAAAGCCCAACUGGAGGUUGGGUUCCCACCUGUUUUAGAACGCUAUACCUCUGCUGUCUCCAUGGUCAAACCACACAUGGUCAAGGCUGUUUGCACUGAUGGCAAGCUCUUCAACCACUUGGAGACUAUUUGGCGAUUCAGCCCUGGUAUCCCUGCCUACCCUCGAACCUGCACUGUAGACUUCUCGAUUUCCUUUGAAUUUCGCUCUCUGCUGCACUCCCAGCUGGCAACCAUGUUCUUCGAUGAAGUUGUCAAACAGAAUGUGGCUGCCUUUGAGCGCCGGGCAGCCACCAAGUUUGGUCCAGAGACAGCCAUCCCCCGUGAGCUGAUGUUCCACGAAGUGCACCAGACUUGAGACAAACGAUUGUUCCCGUCUCCACCCCCUCUUCCCAUCCACUUUUAUUUAUUUGGUUUGGCUCUUGCUCAGAAAGAGGUCUAAGUUUCAUUCCCCUCCCUAUUCUUUCUAUACUGGGCUGCAUGCUGGCUGGACAUGUGGGCAAAGGUAGCAGAUAUGGAAGUGAGAUACACAGGGAAGCGUCAGGAGCUCUCUGAAAGCCUCAUCCGGCUAUGGCGGUUCACACCCAAUAAAAACCAGGGCUGUAGUUGUCCCUGGGCCAGGGCAAGAAACCUUAAUGCCCAGUCAGGCGAAUCUAGUGACUUCCUCUCACAGAGGUACUGGCUGGCAAGCAACUUUUACCCUGCUAAGAUUUCUCAGAAGAGAAAGGCAACCUGCCUCACCUUAGGAAGCUGUCAAUGCUGUCUGACAGAGGCGAGGAGCUGCUUCACCAUGGGUGCCCCAGAGCAGAGGAGGAAACCCUUAACAGUGUUGUCUACACUGUUGGAUGUACCUUUCUCUCUUCCACGUGGCCUGAGUCUGAGUUUUUAUAAAACUUCAAUAAAUUGUGGCAGUGUGAA